AUGGAGAUGCAGUCUUACUAUGCCAAACUCCUGAGUGAGCUGAACGAGCAGCGGAAGAGGGACUUCUUUUGCGACUGCAGCAUCAUAGUGGAAGGGAGGAUUUUCAAGGCCCACAAGAACAUUCUCUUUGCCAACAGCGGCUACUUCCGAGCUCUGUUGAUCCACUACAUUCAGGACAGUGGCCGGCACAGCACAGCUUCCCUGGACAUUGUGACCUCAGAGGCCUUCUCCAUUAUCCUGGACUUUCUUUAUUCAGGUAAGCUGGACCUUUGUGGGGAAAAUGUGAUUGAGGUCAUGUCCGCCGCCAGCUACUUGCAGAUGACUGACGUGGUCAACUUCUGCAAGACGUACAUCCGGUCGUCAUUGGACAUCUGCAGGAAGAUCGAGCGAGAAGCUGCCUUCUACCAGGCGGACAGCAGGAGCCCCACUAGCUCUGCCCGCCAAGGCCCAUCCUGCGGUGCCAAGGCCCAGGGCUCAGCCUCCGCUUCCUCUCUGCAGGACAAGGAAGGUGUCCCGGACUGCCCACAAGGGCCUCCUCCCUGUGGGGACUGCAGCAGCUUCCAUCCUCACCUGGACCUCCUGGCCAGGGACCCUGCUGGCCGCGAGUCUCCGGACGACACCGGCUUCUUGGCACCCAAGGCGAUUGAGCCAAAGGUCGAGUUUGAUGUGGACGAGGUGGAAGUUGGGGAGCGGCUGCAGCAGUACCCCACUCCCUUGACGAUCGAGCAGAUGGAAGAGGGGCUUCACAGGGGGCAGGCCAUGGACCUGGCCUGCAGCAGCUACCACAUGAAGCAGGUUCUCGAAGCCUUGCUGCGCAACAGCGCCUCCCAAAGGAAAGACGAGGUGGUCCACCCUUUUGUGCGUGGCUUUGAGGGCCGGUCGGAAGAUGCCGGCCUGCCCAUGAGCUCCAUGAUGGACAUUCACAGUGACUGGUAUGGAGAGGACACAGGUGAUGUUCUCGUGGUGCCCAUCAAGCUGCACAAGUGCCCGUUUUGCCCCUACACGGCAAAGCAGAAGGGCAUCCUCAAGCGCCACAUCCGGUCCCACACCGGCGAGAGGCCCUACCCCUGCGAAGUCUGCGGCAAGCGCUUUACGCGCCAGGAGCACCUCCGGAGCCACGCCUUGAGUGUCCAUCGGUCCAGCAAGCCCAUUGUCUGCAAAGGCUGCCGGCGAACAUUCACCAGCAGCCUGACUCAAGGCUUGCGUCGCUUUGGCCUCUGCGACAGCUGCACGUGCGUCACCACCACGCAAGAGGAUUCACUGCCCAUCCACCUCCGCCUCAUGGAGCCUUCCUCCGGAGGGCCGGGGAAGAGCGACCCGGACAACGAGUGGCCCAUCUACGUCGAAUCCGGGGACGAAAAAGAUCCGCCCGAGGAUGAGGAGGCCGACCCUGACCAUGAGCAGGGCCUCCAUCAAGAAGCACUGAUGUAG